CGUUGAUCUGGCAGUGAAGGUACAUUUGGAGUACGUACAACAUGGCGAUAUCAAUAGCCGUUCUGGAUUGUGACCUACUGUUGCAUGGUCGGGGCCACAAGACCCUGGACCGCUUCAACCUGGACUUGGUUUCUGACGAAUUCCUCCUCGCACAAUUUGGCUUCCCCAGACACUUUAUCCUGUAUUUGGUGGAGUUGCUCAAAGAGUGCCUGUGUAGACCCACACAGAGGUCCAGAGCCAUCAGUCCCGAAGUCCAGAUUCUGGCCGCCUUGGGCUUCUAUACAUCAGGUUCUUUUCAAACAUCCAUGGGCGAUACCAUCGGAAUCAGCCAGGCGUCCAUGUCCAGAUGUGUGUCCAAUGUAACCAGUGCUCUGGUUGAGAAAGCCUCCCAGUUCAUCACAUUUAACAGAGACACUGCCAUCAGAGAGCAGACGUUCCAGGAGUUCCAGAGGGUGGCGGGAUUGACAGGAGUCCUGGGAGUGCUGGACUGCGUUCAGGUCUCCAUCAAAGCUCCGAACAGCGAAGACUCGUCGUACGUGAACAAGAAGGGCUUUCACUCCAUCGGCUGUCAGAUAGUAUGUGAUGCCAGGGGCUUGUUGCUCAGCGCCGAGACUCACUGGCCCGGCGGGCUGAAAGGCGUGGAGGUUUUGGAGAGAUCUGCCCUUUACAAACAACUACAGGAAACCCAGGAGGGUUAUUUGCUGGGUGACAGCCGUUAUCCCCUGAAGACGUGGUUGAUGACUCCAGUGGCGUGUCCACAAACCCCUGCAGAGUUUGAAUAUAACCUUGCUCACGCAGCGACUCACGAAAUAGUGGACAGAACGUUUAGAGCCAUCCAGACCAGAUUCAGAUGUUUAGAUGGCACCAAAGGAUACUUGCAGUACUCGCCCGAGAGGAGCUCGUCCAUUGUGUUGGCCUGUUGUGUCCUCCACAACGCCUCACUGCAGUCGGGAUUGGACGCUUGGACUCUGGAGAGGACGGACCCUCUGGAGCAGCCCGAAACUCUGGAGCAGAGACCCGAGGACCGUGACGUCCAGGCGGAGGAGAUGCGCCAACAGCUCAUCCUCAAACACCCCAGCUGAUGCGUGCUCGGACUCGCACGGGACGGACACGGAAGUUCUAGUCGGAGCAAGCAAGUCCACAGACACGGUGAUGCUGAUGCAGAUUUUUAAUAUUUUGCUGGUUUCUACUCUACGGACUAGACUACGAUAACAUAGGAAUAUAAGGAAGAACAUGCAAGACGCUGUACAGCAAACCCAAACAACAACAAUCUUUUGUGGAAAUUGCUUGAUUGAUUUUCUCCUCAAGCAUUUGUGAGCCCGCUGUCCCAAAUAUUUAGCUUCAUUGUUGCCCAAGUUUUGGGAAAAGCGACCCAACCUCUCCAUCCAUCUCCCUAAACCACCGCUUGGGCUCAUAUUUACAACAGCACAUUAUCUAUACUGUAUGUACACUGAUUUAUGGACACUGCUGAGGCACCCGGGACAAGAGGACAUGUUGUGACUAGACCAGUGGUUCUUAACCUGGGUUCGAUCGAACCCUAGGGGUUCGGUGAGUCGGCGUCAGGGGUUUCGGCAGAGCCUCCGCCGCGGAGGUCAAG